AUGCGAGGCCAGUCUGGGAUUUUUGAUUCUCACCUAGAUCCAGGCAAGUCGGAUACGCCCCUAAGCAGUACUCCAAGGGACAGAGGCCUACUGUACCAUCUCGACCGAGAGAUCUCCAUGUCUGGCACAGUCAGGCCCAAGAAAGCCGUGUCCCCUCCCAGCAUAUUUUACAGUAAAGAAAAUAAGCAGGGCGAGCUUGUCGUUAGGAAGAGGUCAAGAGGUCAGAGGGACAGAGAUAGAAAUCGAUUACUGCAAAUAAAACAGAGUCCCACUGGAUUGUAUGAUGAUAGUGUCUCUGAACCCAGUGAUGCGUCAUCAGUUCCCGAUGAUAUGCUAUCAGUUUUCAAGAACAUGACCAAGGAGGAACUCCUACGUGUAGUGAUAACAUCAAAAGCCCAGAUGAUCAGGAAGGACCAGUACAUCAGAGAUCUGGAGAAUUACAUAGACGAUCUCUUGGUGCGGGUUAUGGAGAUAACACCACGAUUAUUGACUCGACCACAGCCCAUUCACAGAUUCUAA